CUCUCAUUCGGCGUUUUCUGUGUGACUGUGUGGACGGACAAUCCAAAAAUCCAGCAACCAGCGACUUUCCUAGCAAAGCUACUAAAGAAUAAGCGGCAGUCUGCACAAAUUUAUAAAAUCUGCCAAUUUGUUUAUAACUACGUGUUGAUCUACUGCGAAUCGUGAUUUGCGAACACCAGAACACAUAUUUGAACGUGUCUUCGCGCUUCGUUGUUUGAAAGUAAAACCAACAGUAAAUCAAAAUGGCUGAUGUGGCUGAGCAAAAGAAUGAAACCCCCGUUGUGGAGAAAGUCGUCGCUGAGGAAGUCGAUGCUGUGAAGAAGGAUUCCGUUGCCGCUGGGGAAGCAGCAGUCGAGAAGCCAACCACCACAGAGAACGGUGCCGCUGAAGAGGAGAGCAGCGCAAAGGAGAACGGAGCUGUCGACAGCGCACCUGCCGAAGCAGCCGCUGCCGAUUCGGUCGAUGGUGAGAAGGCGGUCGAUGCUGCUGCUCCCGCCAAGGAGGAGGAAGGAGAGAAGAAGGAGGAGGCCGCCACCGGCGAGGAGGCCAAGAAGGACAGCAGCGAGGCUGCCGCCGCAGUCGAAAACGGCUCCGAGGAGGCCACCAACGGUGACUCAACAGACGCCCCUGCCGCCGAAGCUGUAAAGCGGAAGGUGGAUGAGGCCGCCGCAAAAGCCGACGAGGCAGUUGCCACGCCGGAGAAGAAGGCAAAGCUUGACGAGGCCAGCACAAAGGAUGAGGUGCAAAACGGGGCCGAGGCCAGCGAAGUGGCUGCCUAAGGGAAUCGCGGAAACCGGCUCUCUACAAGCAGAAGCACACAGUACUCUACAUAUAAAAUACUUACUAACACACGAAAAAACCAACAAAACAAAUCACACAAAAUAAUGGUUAAACUCGCCGCCACCAGCAGCUCGAAUGUACCGCUCGCCUACCGUACGGGUGGCUGUGCACGUUAGUGGCUGUGUAGGUGGACGGGCGGCAGCAAUUCUUUAAUAACAAUCCUGCAUUGGGAGCGUAGUCUUAAAGUGUACCCAGAUUCUCUGUCUCUACUAACAAACAAAAAUCAACCAACAAACAAAAAGAAACAACAAAUCCAUUAUCAUUUAAAAACCCUACUUAAACCUUAACUUUAAAGAAAGUAUAUAUAAAA